AUUUUUUUUUGUUAGUUUUGGAUCAACAAUGAAGCUCUUCACAGCAAUUUCGUUCUUAGCUCUUGUAAAUUUCAGUUUCGCGCUUCGUCUUGACGGGCAAUGCGAGAAAAAUCGUCCAGUUCUUGAAAAUUUUAAAGUUAACGAUUAUUUGGGCGUUUGGUAUGAACAAGAACGUUACGAAGCUGAUUUCCAGGUUGAGUUCGAUUGUGUCACUGCAACAUAUUCGUUGAAUGAUAACGCCACAGUGAAGGUUGUUAAUGAAAAUUUGUUGAUAAAUGGAGUGUUGAGACCAACUUCCAUUGAAGCAUGGGCAGCGGUAUCAUUUCCGGAUGAGGAACCGUUACAAGCAAAGCUUAAUGUUUCGUUUUUCGGUGCAGAGAACAAUCGAGUGAAUUAUCAGGUGAUGGAUACGGAUUACGUGACUUACUCUUUGGUUUGGAAUUGUAAUCAAUUGACUGAAAAUACGAAAGAAGAAUUUUUGUGGGUUUUAUCUCGUAAACCAGUUUUGAGUCCUCGCCCAGCCAAAGUCGAAUCUUUGAUUGAUACACAUUUCAACCGUGAUGUUAUCCGAAAGACUAUUCAAGGAGAAAAAUGCACCCAAUUGAUAGAAAAACAUUAAUCUUGGUUGUCGCCUCCGCAUCUAAAAAAAUAAAAUUUUGGUAAAAAUUUAUUAAAAAAUAAAACAUAAAAAACUCAC